AUCAGCAGCCACACAUCAUCCCAGAUCAACUGCCUGCAAGAGGACAAUAGCAAUGACCAGCCAUCGUUCAGUUGGUGAAAAGAAGCCAGACCUCAGGAUUGUUCUUGUUGGGAAAACUGGAGUCGGCAAAAGUGCAACAGGAAACACAAUUUUAGGGAGGAAAGCUUUUGAGUCUAAACUCUCUUUUUCCUCUGUGACAUCAGAAUGUAACAAGAAAACUAAUGUUGUUGAUGGCUCCAAUCUGGAUGUUAUUGAUACUCCAGGUCUGUUUGGUAAAGAUAAUGAAGAGGUUGUGAAAGAGAUCGCUAAAUGCAUCAGCAUGGCAGCUCCUGGUCCUCAUGUCUUCCUGAUUGUUCUCCAACUGACCAGAUUCACAGAAGAAGAAAAAAAAACAGUGGAAAUAAUCCAGACAAUGUUUGGAAAAGAAGCAGCCAAAUACACCAUGAUCCUGUUUACACAGGGAGACGAGCUGAAACAGGCAAACACUAACAUAGAAAACAUGUUACAAAAACACCAACCUCUAAAAAGCUUAAUCAAUCAGUGCUCCAUCUUGCAGACAUUUGAAGAUAAAUAUCAUGUUUUAGACAACAAAGUUGAGGAUCCUGGUCAAGUCAAUGAACUGCUAAAAAAGAUCAAAAGACUAGUUCAGCGAAAUGGAGAAGAUGGAGGAAGUUUCUACUCCCAUGAAAUGUUCAGAGAGGCACAAAGAGCCAAGGAAGAAGAAGAGAAACGACUUCUCAGAGAAAAUCCAGAUAUUAACCCUCAAGAUGCGAAAAGACAGGCAGAGAAUGACAACUCAUUUAUUCGUGCUGUUAUGAAGGGAGCUGCUAGAGCUGCUACUGGAGCUGCUGCUGGAGCUGCUACUGGAGCUGCUACUGGACUUCUAUUGAAUACUGCUGCUGCUGGAGCUCUUAUUGGGGGUAGGAAGGGAGGAGCAGUAGGAGCUGCUGUUGGAGGAUUGAUGGGAGCAGUGGUUGGAGCGGCACUAGCAGUGAAAGAGAAGGCCUGCAUUAUACAGUGAUGAAGUGUCUGAAUUUUUAACUGCAUCUUGUUAAACCCUGAUUUCAUAAUUAACAUAACAUGUUCAGUUGUGUUUUGGGCAACAUUAACAGGCUGAAUAUUAGAGCAUAAAUGUGUGAAGAUCUGAAGAUGACUUGCAGGGUACAGAUGCUUUUAGCAAUCAUUAACAGUAGAAACAAAUACUGUUAAUUUAACAACAUGUUAUAUUGAUAAUUUGUUUUUAUUUUAGGCAUUCUCAAUUUUAAACAUUAUUGAUUGAUAAAAAUUAUUUUAAAAUUAAUCUUGUUUGGCAAUACAUUGUGGGGAUAUGCCUGUACUUCACUGCAAAUCGUCAGAGCUCCACAAACACAAGGACUGUUCUUAAAAAUAAGAGUUUCCCAUGAUCAAACAGGCUACUUCAGUACUCUUGUUAUAUUUGCUAGUGCAGUUGUCCUGCUAAAGUUGCACAAUAUGUAAUAAAUGAUGAAAUAAUUUAUAUUUAAAUGAUCCCCAAUGGGAAAAAAACCUUUAUAAACAGAAAUUCCAACGUCUCAACAAUCACUUAAGUUUUGUCACUAUUAUUAUAAUCUAAUUUUUUUUUCACAAUUCUGGUCAGUUUAGCCAGCCAGGUUAGCUUCCUCCAGAGGACAGUUUCACUGACUCAAAGCUUAAAUGUUAGCUGUAUCUCUAUUAUAGAUGAAGCCACUAAAAGGCCUACUAUAACCAUCAACUCUGUACUUUUUCCUUUAAAUAAUACUUGUGUACCAUUGCUUCUAUAUUUUGUUUCUGUGCGUACUUAUGCGAGUUCUGAUAAAGACACCUUGUACAUGACUUUCUUUACUCUGUACUAUAUUCAUCCAUGGCUGAAAAGUUUGACUUUCUUCUUCAGAACAAAAUAUUUUUUACUAGUUUUACAGUUAUUUAAUGGAUAUGAAAUAACUGAAUUCAACUGAACUCCACUGAAUUGCAUUAUAUUAUUAUAAAAUAACUUUUACUCAACUGGAUUCUACAUAAUCAGAUGGUCGAUUGUAUAAUGUAUCAUCAAUGAAUAUAAUGAAUUGGUGCCAUAUGUGUCAUUGAAUUCAUGCAGAUUUGUAUGUAUACAAGAAAACAUAUACAUUCAUUCUUUAUCCAUGUUGUAACAUGUAAAUAAAUAGUUUAGAAA